AUGGUCCUGACGCGGUCACCUGCCAGGAGGGGUGGAGGCCAGUCACCACCACAAUCACAGCCACUGGCAAUACCGUCCCACUCCCGUGCAUUCACUGUCGAUGAGGACCCUGCGAUCACACCACACACACACACACCCGCAGACGCGGUCACAGACACGGCCAAACAAACCCUAUUGAAGUCACCAUCACCGCCCAUAACUCCCCCUUUGGUUAUGACCUCACUUACUCAAGAGACCAUCUCACCCCAGAUUUCACCAAUUUACCCCACUUCCGAGGGGACAAACUCAGAACCGAAUAUGUACCAGAUGGCAUUCGACACUAUCACGGCCUCGGCGAGGGAAAUACUGACCAAAAUCACAGAAGGGAAAAGUGUCACCAGCGCAAAUAAGAAAAGGAUACAAGAACUCGCCAAAGGGAUAAUAUCCACGGCGGAAAAGACACGAGACCAGCCGCCGCCAAAAUUGCCCAAGGCUGUCUCUGAAACUAUCAUUAUGACAAUCCGUGAAAGCAUCAGAGAAGAACUAAAAGAGCAACGGCUAGCACCCACACCGGCCCCCCCACCAGCCCCGGCCCCUCUGAAUAGAUCCUUCUCCUCGGCGACUUCAGCCCCACUGCCCAGGCGCCGUCCUGUGCGUACUCUACCUGCAAUAAUAGUUAAAAGCAAGGAGACGGGCGACCAUCAGCCUGUCGUGUAUGACGAAUGGCGCAAAAACAUAUCUUUCAGGCACACGACUUUCGCCCCAACUAAAGUGCGCUCUCUGCGUCAGAAUAAACUAAAAGUCGAGUUCGACACCAUCGCACAGAGAGAUGAAACCCUAAAGAAGGUAAACCAGAUUCCAGGAAUUACAGCGGAGGAGGCGAAACUUCGUCGGCCUUUGAUCAUCUUGAAGGGCAUUAGUAAGGAGGUACAGCGAGAGGAGCUAAUUGAGAUCGUAAGCAACCAGAACCAGAUUCCAACCGAAGAUAUUCGCUUAUGCUUUUUGUUAAAAAAUCGAAAUGAAAAAUUGUACAACGCUGUCUUAGAGGUAGCCCCUACAGUGCGACGCACCCUAGUCGAAGGAGAACGCGUUAAUGUGGAGCACCAGCGGGUGCAUGUAGCGGACUUCAGCAGAUUCUUGCAGUGCUACAAGUGCUUACAAUUUGGGCACACUAACAACAAAUGCACAGCUGAGUUCUACCCAUGCGGCCACUGUGGCUCCUCCGCACAUCACACGACCACCUGCCCUGUUCGCAACGAUACAUCCAAAGUUUGCUGUUACAACUGCAAGACAACAAACAGCGCUGAUACAAACCACUCUGCUCUAGAUUCGAAAUCAUGCCCGAAGAUAAUCAAUGCCAUUAAAUCCCUAGAAGAAAACACCGAUUAUGGUUAUUAG